GAUUUUCUCACAGAGAGGAGAAAGAAUUGGAAGGACAACGACUGCUUCGACCACGUGUGCUGCUUGCUACUUGCUGCUAGUGACACCCAGACCACACAUCAGUUCACACAGACAAACCACGCAUUCGAGGAGAUGGGGCAGAAAGGCAAGAGGGGUGGUCACCAGGGCCGUAUCGGGCGCAACGGGCGCAAUGGGCGUGUGCUGAGCAAACGUGCGCUGGAGAAGAAGAAGGACGACGAAGAGAUCCAGCAGCUUGAAGAACGCAUCCAGGAGGAUUACGAUGUGGCAGGCUUCAAGCUGUUUACAGAAUUCCCCAUCUCAAACCGCACCAAGAAAGGGCUGGCGGAUGCGGGGUUCAUCAAACCAACCCGCAUUCAAAAAGCAACCUUGAAGCAUGCACUGGCCGGCCGUGAUGUGCUCGGUGCUGCAAAGACGGGCUCUGGCAAGACGCUUGCGUUCCUUAUUCCCGUGCUGGAGAAACUCAACCGCGAGCGCUUCAGCCGCGAUUUGGGCAUUGGCGCCGUCGUCGUCUCCCCAACACGCGAGCUUGCACAGCAAACAUACAACACACUCGUCCAAGUCGCAACCGGCCACGAGAUGUCGUGUGCGCUCUUCAUUGGAGGAAACAACGUGAAGAUUGAGAAGACGAUGGCUGCGACCAGAAACAUCAUCAUCUGCACACCUGGUCGCCUCGUGCAACACAUGGACGAAACACCAAACUUUGGCUUUGACAACCUUCAGGUGCUGGUGCUUGACGAAGCGGACCGCCUGCUUGACAGCGGCUUCAAGGAGGAGGUCGAUCGCAUUGUCAGCGAAAUGCCCCCGCACCGCCAAACCCUCCUGUUCUCUGCGACGCAAACGGCGGAGGUGGACGAGCUUGCCCGCCUCAGUCUCCACAACCCGGUCUUCAUCAACGUGCACAAGGACCAAGCGGCGACACCUGCGCGGCUGAAGCAGUGCUACGUCGAAGUGCCGCUGCACGAGAAGAUCAACCUCCUUUAUUCGUUCAUCGAAUCCCACAAGAAGCACAAGACCAUGGUCUUCCUCGCCUGCCGCAAGCAGGUGAACCUGCUGUACAAAAUCUUUUGUCGUCGCAAGCCGGGCGUAUCCAUCUUUGAGCUCGUUGGCCGCCGUUCCCUCCACACGCGCCAGGAGACGCUGCGCAAGUUCUCAAAGGCCAAGGCCGCGGUGCUGCUGACGACGGACGUUGCUGCGCGUGGACUGGACAUUCCAAACGUCAACUGGGUGCUGCAGGUCGACUGUCCGGAAUCCGUGGACACAUACAUCCAUCGCGUGGGGCGGACUGCGCGGUUUGGCAAGAACGGCAACGCCAUGCUGUUUCUCCUGCCGUCUGAGCUGAACAUGGUGAAGCAGCUUGAGGGGCGCAAGGUGCCGAUUGCCCGCAAGGAAAUCUCCGCACGCGCUGUCCGCUCCAUUGUGGAGACGAUGCGGCGCGAGUAUGCGACAGACCCGGACAUGCUGAUGCUCGGAAAACAGUAUUUUGUGCGAUAUGUACGCUCGGUGUACAAUCAAGCAAACAAGGACGUGUUCAAGGUUCACGCUCUGCCACUUGAGUCGUUUGCAAUGUCGCUGGGUCUGCCAACUGCACCCAAUGUCCGCAUCGGUGGCAAGCACAUCACGCAGAUUCAGGCGGCACAAGCCAGCAAGGAGCGGGCUGGCGCACAGACUGUCACAAAGGAAGAGGAGGAGGGCAGCAGUGGUGAAAGCGAUGAGAGUGCGGGAGAGGAGGUGGACGCGGCCAUGCGCAACACCAACAUUGCUGAUGACGAUGACGAUGACGAUGAUGAUGAUGAUGAUGACGAUGAGGAUGAUGAUGAUGAUGAGGAUGAUGAUGACGACGAUGAGGAUGAUGAUGAUGAUGACGAUGAUGAUGAUGAUGGGGAACGCGUGACGCUUGACAGCGAUGAUGACGAGGCAGAAAAGAAGCCAAAGAAGCAGCUGACCAAGUUCCAGCGCAUGAUGGCUCGCAAGAACAAGGAUGUGCUGAGCGCUGCGUUCAACAAGCUGCACGAACUUGGGGAGCAAGAUGACGACCUCCUUGUUCAGCGGACGACGCAGACGCACGAGGAAAUUGAUCCGAGCGACAAGAAGCCCGCCGUGCUCUCCAAGCGCAAGCAGAAGGAGAUGCAGCGACAGACGCGCGCUGCCGUCCUGAAGAGGCAACUGCGACACAACGAGCGCUAUGUCUUUGAUGACGAAGGCAAUGCCAUCAAGAUGGGUCCCAAGCUUGUUGGUCUGGACAUGAGCAAGAAGGAUAUUGCAGAUCAAUUCUCGCCUGAAGAUGACACGCUUGUGCAAGAAGUGAAACAGGACAUGGAAAACUUCCAUGAGAUUGACAAGAAGCUGGAGCGUCAGCGCAUCAAAGAGAAGAAGAUGCAGCGGAAGCAGAAGGAGCGAGAGCGACGUGCCGAGGCGAUGGAGGCGAUGGGUCUUGGCGGCGUGGCACCCAUGAUUGGCGGCGCAGACUACGACGAUGCCGCCGUGGAGAGCGACGAUGAUGGCAACGAGCGGCAGGACGAGGCCACAUACGGGGACAGCAGUGAUGGAGAAGAAGAUGAAGCUGGCAACGCUGGCGAGGAGGACUGGUUGCUGGAUGAGGACGAUGAAGAUUUGCUGCCGAAGAAGAAGGCGAAGAAGUCCAAGGUCUGAGCGCGCCCUACCUGCAGAAGGAGGCGAUGUGGCGCUGUUGGUUGUGAUGUGUGGCUUGGUCCGCUGGCCUGUGUGAAAUUGUGUGGGCGAGUGCGCCUUGUUCAUAUCAACCAUGGAGUGACGAACAACUUGGAUUGUGACUUUUUUGAGUCGAUCUUUAUUGAACGCAGCACCAGACUUGACUCUGAAGCUUUGACCGGG